UUUGCAGAAAAGUUUUCAAAUGGGAUGUUUUCAAAGUCAACCGCAAGAAUACCGUUCUUCGUCAGCAGUGGCAACAACGAGUUUUGCUCCCACCUACGCUGACGGUGACGGGUUUGUACAACCGCAAACCCCUUUGAAAACUUGGAAUAUUAUAUUAAGUGGUCAACAUACUUUAGCUGCUCAACUGUUUAGCAAGUUGAAAGGGUCUCCAAACUUCGGAGUUUAUGGAGAAAAUACAAAGACUAUAUUUUGCGGUAACAUAACCCUAUUUAUUCACUGGGUGGAUAUGAAUGGAGAGUUUUUUCCGUUACCAACAGAGGCAGUGAGAGGAAUUGUGUUUGUAGUCGAUGCAACCAACAAAGAGAGCUUAUCUACUGCAAAAGAAAGUCUGGAACAAAUAUGUGGCUAUUAUUCUGAAUAUUUCCAGGACCUUAUGUUACUUAUCCUUGCUCAAGGUACAGAAGAACCUAAUGCAGUUGGCUUUCGUGAAGCCAAGCACUUGUUGAGUUUGCGUUGGCUACCUGUGGAUGGACACUUCAUUCAGUCCUGUUCUGUGGAUACUGGAGAGGGUGUUCAACAAGGAUUGGAAAGUUUGAUAAAAGGCAUACUCCAAGUAGACUAUCAGUUGGAGCAAGACGCAAGAAUGCAGUCCAUGUUGGCCUGGAGUAUGUUUAUGACUCCUAUGCCUUUAUUUUAAAAGACAAGUGAUGGUAUUUGAAAC